GGAGGAAGUGGCAAACCUCUCCAGCAUCUCUGCUGAGCUGGGGCCAGGGAGGGUGGGACACGACUCAGCAGCAGCAGCGGGAAUCCUUUCAGAAAAUCCACACUGUUUUCCUUUGAGUCGUCAGCUGUGGUUGCUAUGUAUUUGUAACUGCUUCUUUCGGGGGCUGUCCAGGUACACAGUACUUCUUGAUACCGGUCAGGGUACUUUGUGUUUAUUCGUCUCUCCAGUUUUCGGCCUGAGCCAGGACCCAAGGCCCCCUGCAGCACUUCUGGGUGUUGCCGUUUUCCAGGGUCUCACUGAGGCCCUCCCAGAUUCCUGCCGUGGCCUCCACUUCCUGGAAUAGAGAGACACCCCCCACUCCUCACCCCUUCCUAAGAUGGUGGCCAAACACUGAGCGUGGCUGAAAGAAAGGCGCGUCUACGUAACGAGGCUGGGGAGGGAGGCUGGCUGUUUGCGAGCUUUGGAAGGCCAGCAUGGGGGAAGGGGUGGGAUCUGGUCCCGUUGGCAGAACAGGGCCUGAGGCGGCAGAGGCGGGUUUAGUCGUGCUCUGGAGGCAGCUGGAGCGGGCUGCCAGAGCCGCCGGAGUCAGCUCCCUCUGGUUUCAUGAAGGUCUUUGUCCUGCCAGGAAGAGAAGUACCCAGGGGACGUGGUGCAUACCUUCACUUUGGCCCCACUGGCCCUCCUGCCCCUCCCUCUGUGACACUGUGACUGAAUAUUAGAAUGCUGCGCUGUGGUCACGGACGACGCGGGUUGUCAGUGCAGCCGCUCUUCCUCUUGGCUGCCGUGCUUCUAAAUCUAGUGCAGACUGAGGCACACAGUAGGCUCUCUCUGAAUACCUGGCCUGGAAGACACUGAACCUCGCAUCCGUGACGUUCAAGGACGUGGCUGUGGACUUCACCCUGGAGGAGUGGGGACGCCUGCACCCUGCCCAGAAGGCGCUGUACAUACAGGGACGUGAUGCUGGAGAACUACAGGAACCUGGUCUGGCUGGGACUCACAGCCUCCAGACCAGGUGUGAUUGACCAGCUGGAGCGAGUGGAAGUCCCUUGGGUGCCUGAGGGAGAGGCCCCCGAAGUCAGCUGCCCAGGUGAGUGAGGGAAAGCCAGGUAGGUUGGACCUUGCAGACAACAUCCCAGCUGGUCAUUCUGGGGGCGGUGCUUUUAAACCAUUGGGCAGGGAGUUCUGCUGCAAGCUCCCCCAGACCCACAGAGCAGGGCUGAGGGCGGGGCUGGGCUAGAGCUUCACUACCCCUCAGCCACCCGUGGGCCGCCAUCUCCACACGGAGGACCUCCGGGACAGGGCUGGCCACAUUUCACUGCCUGCUCAAGAACUUUGUGUGGCUCUCUAGUGCUGGGCAUCGGGAACCCUGCCCUGCAGGGCUCCAGGCUUCCUUUCCAGGCCAGUUACCAUUAUGCACCCUGUGUUUUAGACAGCCUGCCCUCUUUCCCUUCGCAUGAUAUUCCAUGGGCCACUCCAAGCCUUUUCAUUAGCUGCCCCUCUUGCCUGGGAUGCCCUUCGUCCUCACCUCUGCUCUGGCAAACCCGGGCUCCCUUCAAGGCUCAGCCCGAGGGUCACCUCCCCCAGGCAGCCUUCCCCGCUACACUUCCCCCGUCCCUUUUCUGCUGUGUUUGUUUUCUGGUUCCUUCCAGGGAGCCUGUUCUCUGUGCCCCUGUCGCCUGGGAGCUCCCAGGGCAGCAAUGUCUCCUUCUCUGUGUGUGCAUCCUAGCGCUUAGCACGGUUCCUGGCACAAGGCCCUGCCACAAGCAUGGGGAUGCAGAUACAAAACAGACUCUAGUUCCUGCCCUCGGGAAAGGCAAUUGGAGUUAAGUGACUUGCCCAGGGUCACACAGCUAAUUUUGAAACUAGGCCUGAAACCACACAGUUGUUUCCAGAAUUGGGCCUUUCUAUGGAAGUAUCAUCCCAUGAGAAAUUUCUCACAGGUGAUCCUUAUGUCUCCCCAUUGGGAGAAGACUUGCAAUGUGGUGCCUGGCUAGAAAGGAAGUGGAGCAGUGAAGGAAAGGAACCUUGUGAAUAUAAUGACUAUGGAAAGGUCUUCUAUGGACAUAUAAGACUUAGUGAACAUCAGAAGAUUCCUUCCAGAGAGGCUUAUGAAUGUAAGCAGUGUGGGAAAGCCUUUCAUCGGAGAUCAGGACUCAGGGACCAUCAGAGAAUUCAUACUGGAGAAAAGCCUUAUGUGUGUACUCAAUGUGGGAAAUCCUUCAGCUGCAAGUCCACCCUGACUUCCCAUUACCGACUUCAUAUUGGUGACAGACCUUAUGAAUGUAGUAUUUGUGGGAAGGCCUUCCAUCAAAGGUCAGGACUUAUUGAACAUCAGAGAAUCCAUACAGGAGAAAAGCCUUAUGAGUGUAAGGAAUGUGGAAAGGCCUUUCAUCAGAGGUCAGGGCUUGCUGAACAUCUGAAAAUUCACCCUCGAGAGAAGCCUUAUGCCUGUACUAAAUGUGGGAGAAAUCCUUCAGCAGCAAGUCCACCCUGACUUCCCAUUAUAAACUUCAUAUUGGUAACAGACCUUAUGAAUGUAAGGAAUGUGGAAAGGCCUUUCAUCAGAGGUCAGGGCUUGCUGAACAUCUGAAAAUUCACCCUCGAGAGAAGCCUUAUGAAUGUAAAAACUGUGGGAAGGCCUUCCGACAGCAUGCACACCUAACUUCCCAUCAGAAAAUUCACAUUAGGGAGAAUGCUUUUCUAUGUCCUAUAUGUGGAAAGUCCUUCACCUGCAAGUCAACCCUGACUUCCCAUUACAAAAUUCACUCUGGUGACAGACCUUAUCAAUGUAAUGAAUGUGAGAAGGCUUUCCACCACAGAGCAGACCUUAUUAGACAUCAGAGAAUUCAUACUGGAGAGAAGCCUUAUGAAUGUAAGGAAUGCAGGAAAGCCUUCCAUCAGAUUACACAACUUACCCGACAUGAAAGGAUUCAUACUGGAGAAAAACCUUUUGGGUGUACUAAAUGCGGCAAAUUUUUCAACUGCAACUCAUACCUCCUUUCCCAUUAUAGAAUUCAUAUUGAUGACCGACCUUAUGAAUGCAAAGAAUGUGGAAAGGCCUUUCGCCGGAGCACACAACUUAGUCAACAUCAGAGAAUUCAUACUGGAGAGAAGCCCUUUGAAUGUAAUGCACGUGGGAAGGCCUUCUAUUGGAGGUCAGGACUUACUGGACAUCAGAAAAUUCACACGAGGGAAACUUUAUGGAAUGUAAACAAUGUGUUAAUGCCUUCUGCCAGAAGGUAGGACUUACUUGGCUUCUAAGAAGUCAUACUAGACAUUAUGGACACACCUUGCACGUGUAAAGUUGGUGGAAGGCCUUUCUCAAGAGCAAAUAGUUUGCCCAGCAACGAAGGAUUCACACUGGAAAGAAGCCUUCUGAAUGCAGAGUCUUAGGAUGUAGUAUAUAGCAGGAGUACUCUUCACUGAAAAAAAAUUUGAAUUCAAACUAAAAGGGAACUCAGAAGAGAAAGAAAACUCCCAAAUAUAAAAUUAUAGACCUCUGUUCCCCAGUGUUUGUGACAAAGUAAACAAUACAUUGUUGUAUUGCAGACAUUCUGAAAGCCACAAAGUUACUGUUUUCGCCUGACUCCUGUGAAGCCGAGUCACCCAAAAGCUUUCUCUUUGAAAGUCAGGGCCAAAGUGUACUUUUAAGCUUUAGGUGGACAUUAAAACACAUUUUCAAACAAGUUCUGGUGGCAUUUACCCAUAUUUCUGACAGCAUUGAAAAUUUUCAAAGGAUAACAUCCACAAGAGAUCUUGGACUCUUAGGGAUUUUGCAAACAAGUACAGUUAGUCAGCAGCUAGGAAACUUGUUUGUAGCAAGUUUCUCUGGUAAAGGUCUGUUAUCCAAGCUAUAUGAAGGAUUGAUACAAAUUUUUAAGUAUAAGGAGCUAUUCUCCAAUAGAUAAAUAGUCAAAGGAUAUGAGUAGACAGUUCUCAAAUGAAGAAAGGCAAGCUAUCUAUAACAAAAUGAAAAAAUUCUCUGAAAUCUGAAUAAGAACAACUCUGAGGCGCAACUUUAUCCCCACCAGAUUGCAGAGAUGACCCAGAAAAAGGAAAGCAGUGUUCGUUGAUAGAGUUUUCAGAGGACAGACCCAUUAAUGACUGUUGGUGGUGCUGUUAAUUGGUCCAACUAUUCUGGAAGGCAUUUCAGUCACCCAAGUCAGUAAACUUGCAUACCCUUUGACCUAGCAAGAAAUGGCAUAUAAAUCCCCAAAGAGUGAGUCAGUAAACAUUAAGCACUGUGCUAAGCACUAAGAAAUCAAAGAAAGGGCGAAUGGACACAUAUAUAUGCAAAAAUAAAUGUAGCAGCUUUUUUGGUUUUGUUUGUGUAGCGAAAGAACUGGAAACAAGGGGAAUGCUCAUUAUUUGUGGAGUAGCUGAACAAAUGUUGGUGUAUGAGUGUAAUGGAACAUUACUGCAUUGUAAGGAAUGACAAGAGGGAUGGGGUCAGAGAAAGCUAGGAAGAUUUGUACGAACUGCUGUAGUGGAGUGAGCAGAAUCAGGAGAACAAUUUAUACAAUCACUACAACAUUGUAGGGGGAAAGAACUAUGAUUAACGUAAUAACCAGUUAUGACUCUAGAAGACUGAUAAUAAGUCAUGGUUCCCAUCUCUUGGCAGAGAGAUAGUGCUCUAGAUGUGCAGACUGAAAUGUAUGUUUUCAAGUAGCCAACAUAUGGAUCCGUUUUUCUUACAAUGUUUAUUUAUUAAAGGGGAGGACUUAUAUUGGAGGGGAAUAGGAGGGCAGGAAAGUGAUGCCAGAAAACAAGGAAGUCAAGAUCACAAAUGAAGCCUUAAGAAUGCACUAAAAAUAGAAGGAAAUACAGAGGAGGGCACAGAAAAGCCAGGAAGUGUUGUGACUGCCUUGUUUUUAUCAUGCAUUUUAAAAAAGUAAUCUAUGUGUAAUAGAGAUUUAUGGCAGCGUACAUAAUCCUCUUUUUCUGUUCUUUGUAUAAGGAAAUAUUCAUCUUAGUUUAACGUUUGUCAAGUUUGUAAUAAUAAAAAAAAAUCAGAAACAAACCCCACCAAGGAUACACUGUCAUGGCCGCAAGCAAAAGGGAGCUGCUUUUCACCCUUCUUUCCCCCAAAUCUGUCUUCCUGGAUUGUAAUUGGUGCAGCUUUGGGGAAAGCUCCUGGGGUGGGAGUUGGUCUCUUUUGGAGAAAUUUUUAACGUUUCACAUCGCAAGUCAUUUUGAGGCCACCUUUUGGGUUCACAGGGAAGGUGCUCAUCACCAUCUUAAUGGAGCCAAGAUAGAUUUUGAAAAUCUGUGCAUUUGUUGCUACCAUUACUCCAGUAGGGUUUCAACAUGCCUAAAAAUUAAUUUGUUCCCCCAAAAGCAGUUAGUCUGCUAGCUUUAGGACUGAGGGUUUUCUGAGGCUUAGGAGAACUGAAUAAUAAUAGGAAGCAGAUUCCUGGGGGAAUCUCUAGAUGGGUUUACAUUUGGUUCAAGGGAGUUUUUGUUGUUGUUUCAAGUGAGUAUCAGAACUUCACAUAGACACAAAAUUCAGGUAACUGUAAGACACGUGAAUUAAACAUGUUAGGAUUUAAAAUAAUGGAAGGAAACAAGCCCUUCUUAAGCACCUCACUAUGCAAAGUGCUUUCCAAGUACUUCAUCUUCACAGCAACCGUGGA